AAAAACAAUGUCUAACCCAUGCAAUGAACUUUUGACUGUAUGUCUCAUUUCCAAAGGAAUGAGAUCAUUGAGUUGGACCCAGAGAAACUGAAUUCAGAGAAAAACUUCCAUUAUUGAGAACCCAAACGCUGAUGGCCAGACAAAAGGAUGAGAGGAAAUGCUGGACCUCCAGUUUCUUGUUAAUUGCUCUGUUUUUCCAUAAGGGACUCUGCCUUAAGCUCAUUUUCAUUGACUUAUCAUUUCUGGGUUUGCUCUGGUGUGAAAAUUCUCAUUUAAUUUUUUUUCUUCAGAUUCUGCCUCUAGUUUAGAAAAGAAAAAGUCUAAUUUACAAUUCAUGUCAGACAAUUUUGAUGGCACACUGUGGCCUGUCAGAGAUUUCUUUAGCAUUCUAUUUUUUUAAAAUUAUUUUCAAUUUUUGUUUUUUUAAUUGAAACAGCUUUAUUGAAAUAAGGUUUACAUACUACAGAAUUUAUCUCUUUUAACAUACAGUUCGAAGAUUUUUAGUAAAUUUAUUGAGUCAUGCAACCAUCACUGCAACUUUAGAACGUCUCUAUCACUCCAAGAAGACCCCUCUUGCACAUUAGCAGUUACUACCCAUUUCCAACCCCAGCCCUGCACAAAUGUCAGUCUACUUUCUAUCUAUACAUUUGUCUUUUCCGGAUGUUUCAUGUAAAUGGAAUUAUACAGUAUGGUAAACACGUUUUUUGUCUAUUAAUUUUUAUAUUCAACUAGGUUCAACAUGUAGCCGUAGCCAAAUAUUUUAAAUUUUCCUUCUGGAAGUUUGAAAAUAUUUAUCUUUUUUGAUACUUACUUCUCCUUCUGCUUUCUCUUUUUCAUACUGAAACAGUCUUUUAAAUGAUUGCAUUCAUUGAUUAAUUCCUUAUUUUUCCCUUCUAGCAGAAGACCUUCCUUUUCACUCUCAAGACAGCAUCCUUGGAUAUUAAUUACCUUUUGUUCAUUAUCCCCUUUCUUAUGAGCACCAUCUAGUUGUUGAAGCAACAGAUUUUCAUGUUGUAGUUGAGAUAUUCUCUCCUCUACGUAGUCCCACUUUCCAAAGGAUUUACUUGGCUUAGGUCCUUUUGUACACUUUAUAAAACCAAAACCUUUUCUCUGAGAGAAUUUCUUGUGUCAUGGAGUUUACUUUUUAGGGUAUUGAAUUCGAGCUUCGGAAAGUUGCUCAGUUAAAAACUCAUUAUCUUUUGGUUCAGAAAUAUCAGAACUCAUUUUCUUUCUUGUAAAGAAACGUCUUGUGCUCUCUGUAAAGCAAGUUCUAGGUCUCUUUUUGUUUUCACACUUUGAUCACACUCAUUUAUAGCAGCAGCCAGUCUAGCAUGGAAUGACUCAACUUCAGCUUCCAGUCUUUCCUUGUUUUGAUUUUCCUUCUCCAGUUUAGACUUGAGCAUUGUAUUCUCAGUUUUGAGGUCGUUAAGCUGUUGACCAUACUGGGAUACUGUUUUUGUUAAUGUUUUUCCAUUCAGUUUUAUAGUCUCUUGAAGGUCAUCAUUCAUUUCUUUAACAAUUUCAAUGUCCUUUUUCCCUUUCGAGGUUCCUAUUUUUUAUUGUGUAUACUUACAUACACAAUAAAGGCAAUAUCUCUCUUCAACAAGCAAUUUUCAUGCAUCAGAUCUUUUUUUUCUUAAAGUAUUUCUUCAAGCCUUCAAUUCUAUUUCUAGUGAUCCGAUAGUCAGUUUAAGCUGUUCUUUUACUUCAACUUCUUUCCUAUGUUGCUCCACUUUCCUUUCUAACUCUUCCCUAAUUUUUUCAUAUAACAUAUUAGCAUUUCUUCUCACUUCUUCUGAGGUGCAAAAUGUUGAGUUCAUGUUUCCAUUCUACUUUUUGAUAUUGAACUGUGACUUCAUUUCUUGUGUUUUGGAUAGCUCCUUCAGUACACUAAACUCAGUUUUCAUAUUUCUUAUUGUCUAGUGUAAGUUGUUCACAGAUAAUUUUUUUUAAGGUCCAGUGACUUUUCACAUGAAAGAAAUGCAUUCUGGAUUUCCAUUAGGAUACGAGAAUCAUUACAAUCCAUUCCAUAUUGCUUAAUGAGCAUCAUAAACUUCUUACAAUGAGGGUAAGGUUCCUCAUGAUCCUCUGAAGCUGUUUCAGAUGGCCGAGUUAAGUCAUCAGGUUCAUCUCUAAAUGAGUUUGCUUUUUGACCUUUUUCUUUUCAUUUGACAUUUUCUUUGCAGGCCUAGCAUACUCUUUGUUCUCCUUCCUAGGAAAUCGCUGAUGGUAAGUUUUUCCACUCUUUCUUUGUUGAAUUAAUUUAUCAUCAUCGUCAGCAGAUGUACUAUCAUAUAGGUUUUUUUGAUACUUUUUUUUUUUUAACUUUCGUGCUUCUUUCUAGCUUCUUCAACCUGUGGCUGUUUAUUUUCACUUUCAAGCUUUUCUUGUUCUUCCUCUGAUGUCACUUGUACUUCUUGUUCUGCUUUGGAUGUUUGUUCGUUCUUCCUUUCUAUUGCUUUCUUCACAACAGAAUCUUUCAUUUCCGUGGUAGGCUUUAGGGAAGGAUGUUUUUCAGGAGGCCCUUCUCCCUUACCAUUUACUAUAUAUUUUUUCCUUUUUUAUAUGAAGGUCCAAGUAAAGACUUUGAAACACUCUCAGGGAUACACUGCUUGGUAGUAAAAGUCAAGUCUUCAUCAUCUGGUUUAGGCCAUGAAUCAACACACAGUUUUUUUUAAAAUACUGAAUGCAGAUGCUUCAGAACUCCCAGAAUCUUUUGCACUUGCUCCUCCUGUUUUCAAACUUGCAUUCUUCUUGGAUGCUUCUUCUGGGUUGUCAUUUUGAAGACCAUUUUCAAGUAUCUUUUUUUUUUAAUGUUGCAAAAUUUGUUGUGAGUGCUUGUCAGACCACCAGAAAUAGCAUAAUCUGCAGUCUGUUCAUACAUACUCUUGAGUAAAGACAAUAUUUUGUUGAAGAAGAAUGCUAACUAUACCUGACAAGCCAUAAUGUACAACAGGCAUGAGAGCUGUUCUUUUCAACCUAUCAACAGCAUGUACAUUUGCUUGUUUCUUCACUAAAAUUCCACCUUUUGCUGUGUUUUGCAAACUAUAGCAAGUAAAAGUGGUGUGUUUGCAUCCUUGUUCAGCACUUCAGUAUUCACAUGGUGUGAAGGCAGUUUUUCUGCCAGUAGUGUAUUCUCAUUAUACACAGCAUAGUGUAGUGCAUUGUUGCUAUAGACAUCCAUAAGAUCUGGGUUGGUGCCACAUUCUAGCAGAAUGAUGACACAAAUCUCUUCUUGGCAAUGUACAGCCUUCAUCAAAGGCAUCCUGUUUCAUUUGUCACCAGUGUCAGUCUGGCACUUUCAGUUCACCUGGAGAGUGACCACUUCCACAUGGCCAUUGGCACAGGCCAAAUGUAAAGCAGUCGUGUUCAUCCACAGAUGAAGGAAUACAGAAACUCCAGGAUAUUUGCACAAUGGAAUACUCUUCAGCCAUCAAACUUUAGGACAUCACCCCACUUCCAGCAAUGUGGAGAGAGACCUGUUCAUCCACAGAUGAAGGGAUACAGAAACUGUAGUAUUCAUUCACAAUGGAAUACCCUUCAGCUGUGCACAUAUACUGAAAUCGUAUCACCUGGAGCCACAUAGUUGAACCUGUUCAUCCCUUGAUGAAGGGAUGGCAAAACUGAAAUAUAUAUCCAGAAUGGAAUACCCUUCCAUGACAGAAAUGGAUGAAAUCCUGUCAUUUGUAGUCAUGUGGAGAAACCUGUUCAUCCGCAGAUGAAGGGAUAAAGAAACUGUAGUAUAUAUACACAAAUGGAAUACUCUUCAUCCAGAAAAAUGUAAUGAAAUUAUAUCAUUUGCAGCCACACUGUUGAACCUAGAGGACAUCAUGGUAAAUGACCUGUCCUGUCCACCCACAGCUGAAGGGAUAAAGAAACCACCAUACAGAUACACUAUGGAAUAUGCUUCAGCCAUAAAGCUUUGGGAAAUCCUGUCAUCCACAGCCAUGUGGAGAAACCCAAGAAACCCAGAGGAUAUUAGGUCCAAGGAAAUGAGCCUGGUAGAGGAAGUCCCACACCUUUUAAUCUCAGGCAUGGAGAUUCCAAAAACUUUAUCUCCUGUCCAUCUACAGAUGAAGGGAUCAAGAAACUGUAAUGUAUAUGCACAAAGAUUACUCUUUGGCCAUCAAAAUAACUAAACCAUGUCAUUUGGAGCAACAAAGCCACUGCGGCCUCCAUUUGGGCCAAGCUCUGACCGCAAUGAUGCCUCUGCCCCGACCCGGGCCUCGCUCUGACUGACAGUGCCGCUGCAUCUUUUCAGCAGUCAUUGAUGAGGAAGUAUCUACAUCCUCCUUCCCACUACCAGAUUUUGCUUGGAGAAAAGCAGUUUCCCGAAAUAAUUCUGUGACAAGCUUCUUCCACAUUAGGACAAAAAUGCUGGAAGCGGCUCAGCCCCAGGGCAGCACAUCAGAGCCACCAUGGAACACAGCCAUUCCUCUACCAUCGUGCUGGGACCAGUCUUUCCUGACCAAUAUCACCUUCUUGAAGGUUCUUCUCUGGUUGGUCCUGCUGGGACUGUUUGUGGAACUGGAAUUUGGCCUGGCAUAUUUUGUCCUGUCCUUGUUCUAUUGGAUGUACGUCGGGACACGAGGCCCUGAAGAGAAGAAAGAGGGAGAGAAGAGCGCCUACUCUGUGUUCAAUCCAGGCUGUGAAGCCAUCCAGGGCACCCUGACUGCAGAGCAGUUGGAGCGCGAGUUACAGUUGAGACCCCUGGCAGGGAGAUAGGACCCAGCUGUGCUGUCAUGCAGCUAACCUCUGAUGUGGUCUUCCUCUCCAUUGGCUAUGGAUUUGAUUUCAGGUGUAUAGGACUAAGGGCAGCUUGCGGGUUAGCUCUGUGACUGCAUAGUUUUUCUACCUUCUUUCCCUGAUCUUUUGCUGCCAUUUGAUCUUUGAUAGUUUUGGUGAACUCUCUAAAAUACAUUCACUGUGGGUCCGAUGCAAUUUAUAAAAAUUAUGUACUCAAGAAGGGAGACCUGUUUGUUUCAUUUCUCAUCUGUUUGGGAGAUGAUUUUAGAGCACUAGAAAGGCACUGGGGAGAUUCUCAGCUUAAAACAUCCAGCAGUUUGAAGUAUGAUUAGGUACAUCAGGGCUGCAUUGUCAAUGUUCUCUUUAAGUCUUUUAACAUUUAUAGCAAUUUUUUUUUUCCCGGAGAGUUUAGGUUGCAAGUUUUGGGUUUCUUGUUUGUUUUUGUUUUGCUUCCUGCUUUAAUUCUUUAAUUUUCAGUCAUUACUGGUAUUGAAAAAUAAAAUAUCUUUAAAACAUCUCCUCUUCAGAAAUAGGUCCCUCUUUAUUGCCCAUCACCAUCUUCCACUUUCCUAUUAUUUUGCCACUACUCAGUAAAGGAAGGUAGGAAGAGACAAACGCCUAAGUGCAGGUGUGGGGAGGGAUUUCACAAGUGGUUAUUAAUGGCCAGUUCAGCAAGAAGUGUUGAGUGUGUACAAAGGGGAGGGCUGGAAGUGUUAACUCCAGACCCGUUGGCUGCUUGAGUUGUUUCUUAUAUUCUAAAGCAGCAGUCCCUAACCUUUUUGGCACCAGGGACCAGUUUUGUGGGAGACAGUUUUUCCAUGGACGGGGUGGUGGUGGAGGUGGUUUCAGGAUGAAACUUCCACCUCAGAUCAUCAGGCAUUAGAGUCUCAUAAGGAGCACGCAACCUAGAUCCCUCGCAUGCGCAGUUCACAAUACGGUUCUAAGGGCUUUAGAGUAAGCAGCUUUUUCACCUAUGGGCCUCUGGUGAGAAAUUCUGUAAAUUGUGAUAAUCAGGCUGGAUUUUAAUGCUGCUUUUCCAGUACAAUGUUAGAGUUUGGGUUCAUUAAAAUUAGGCAAACUCCCAUUGGGUUAGGGCUUCUCUCAUUCCAUUUUGUGGCUAACCUUACUGUGUUUCAGCCCUUGCUGAAAAUUCUUCUGAUAUGUGUUGCUCUUCCUCACAGCCCUUUGGCCAUUGGGAGUUUGGCUGUCCCUCAGAACCAUCCGGUCAAGCAGAUGGUCUGUUCUAUCUCACAGAAAAGUCUUUUCUUCCAUGAGUUCUGUCUGAACUGAACAUGUAAAAAGUAUGGGAAACAGAUGAAUCCCUAUUAAACAUGAAGUUUUGAUUGUAUUUAAGAUACAA